UGUGAAAGUAUUAUUGACCCUGCUCAAAAUAGUAGUAUUUUAGAACAUGACUUGAACAAAUUGGUUAUAAAAAGUUUUUUUGUUGAAAAUCACAGUGAAGACGAACUAUUUCUUUUAUUCAAAAAUAUUGCAAAAUAUUAUUCUUUAGUAGAAUAUGAAAAUAACCUCAUGAUAUGGUAUGAAGGUGUUAUCGACCCUGUUCAAAAUAGUAAAUUGGUUACAGAAAAAUUCAGAUUAGACUUUUUUGUUGAAAAUUCUACAGAAUGUAAUCAUUUAGUAGAACAAGACAAUAGCCUUACAAUAGAGUAUAAAAAUGCUCAGAAUGAAGAACAGAAAGUAGCUAAAAAACGAGUUAAUCAAUAUGCAAGAUUAGUUGGAUUUUGUUUAUGUCAUAAACAAGUUAAAAUUGAUGAUGAUGAAAUUGUUCAUUGA